CGGAAGUCAUGGAAGUGUUGGACCUUUUUGCGCAAGCUCCACCAGAAACUUUCUCCGAAGACAUGUAAUUUUUUUCCUCAUCUCCUUGUGCUUUCUUCCUCUCGAAAGUCGUGUACGUUGAAAGAUGCUGAACCUAGCCGACCGUAGACCGAGGUAGUACCGUCAACAUGCGGCCGGUGCCGCCUGGACAGGUCUGGUACCACGGGAACAUCAGCAGGCUCAAGGCGGAAGAACUUCUGGGGAGGGCGAAGAAGGACGGCUGCUUCCUUGUCCGGGACAGCGAGAGCGUAAAGGGAGCCUUCGCCUUGUGUAUCCUCUACCAUGGAGCAGUGCACCAGUACAGAAUCCUGCCUGAUGCUGAUGAACUACUGGCAUUACAGACCAUCCGCGGUGUCCAGGAGCAGAGGUUCACCAGUCUGCAGGACUUGGUGAUCCAGAACAGCUCCACAACUGACGUCCUGGUCUGCCCCCUGAAGGAACCUGUACAACAGGACACAUCAGAAGAAGACUCUGAUGAUGAUGAAGAUGAGGACAGUCUACAGCCUGUAGGAGACUUCUCCAAGUCCAGGACAGACACAGUCUCUCAGGUGUUCCAGAUGAGGCUAGAACAACUCAGGUUGUCCAGAGUGGACAAUGGUUUUGUUGGUCAGCUGCGGCAGUAUGUCCAGCAGGGCCUGCAGCAGGACAUGGACAGUCUGCGGACAGGAGGGUCCAACCUGCCACAGCUACACAGGCUGGUGGAGCUGUCUGCACAGGAGUUACAUGGUCAUUUUGAAAGUUUCCUGGCUAAGAUGGACACCAUGAGACAACUCUUCGACCAAACCACACCUGGGAAAAACAGGAAGGCAUCUGAUCCCGUCAAGGUACAGCACAGAUCUUGCAAGGUUAAAUUAGGUGGUUUGGAAAGAAAAGGGGAUGAUCAGGGGCAGUUUGACCUACAGGAGCUUUUAGAGCGCCUGACCACCUGUAAAACUGUCAUCACAAGUUUGGAAAGAAAGGCCUCCAAAGUUCUGCAGGAAUUUGUCCAACCUGAAGCUGACGGAGACAACAGGACCAAGGAAAACUUCCCAAAGGGAGAAGUGGCCAAGUCACCCCCACCCUCCAUUCCUCCCAAGACUUUUGAGGUGCGACAGGAAAGUAUGGGUGCCAUGAAGACCAUACGGCUGAUGGUGAAGGUGGACGUCAUGAACGGCAAGUUGUACUGUCUCCGCAGUCCCAAGAACCCGGAGGAAGUCUUCACACACAAAAAAAUUUUGCAGUUAGUCAAGUCUCCCAAGGCAAGACUGGGAAUUAAGAUUGAGGGCCAGAAAGCAAAGUACUUCAUUUUUGAGGAUGUCAGGUCACGAGAGUUGUUCUGUCAGCUCAUCCAGCAUAUGAAGAACAUCCACUCAAAGGACAAAGAAGUGGACCAGAUCUCUGUCUUUGUAGGAAGCUGGAAUAUGGGAGAUGCCCCUGCCCCUUCCAAUAUUUCCUCGUGGUUCAAAUGUCAAGGUCAGGGGAAGACGAGAGACGAAACCUUCGCGCUGGUGCCAUUUGACGUCUACGUGAUCGGUACUCAGGAGUCGGCUGUCGGUGAAAAGGACUGGGUACAGAGGCUUCAGCUGGUGCUAUGGGGCCUUGCCGAGAUCAAGUACCAACCAGUUGCAGUCAGCACCCUGUGGGGCAUCCGGCUAGUGGUCCUGGUCAAGCCUGAACACCAACACAGGAUCAGCCAUGUACAGACUAGCUCUGUCAAGACUGGGAUAGCCAACGCUUUAGGAAACAAGGGAGCUGUUGGUAUCUCCUUCCUCUUCUGGGGGACAGCUUUCUGUUUUGUUAACUGUCACUUAACGUCAGGCAACGAGAAAUGUGCCAGACGGAAUCAGAAUUACCAUGACAUCUUACGGGGUUUGAACCUGGGGCACCUGAAGCUCGGAGGGUUUGAUGUCACGACUCAGUUCCACCACGUCUUCUUCUUAGGAGACCUGAACUACAGGCUGGACCUCCCUGUUCAGGAAAUCCUGAAGAAGGUGAAUGAGAGAGACUAUGAGAGCCUACUGACACAGGACCAACUGAAGGUGGAGCAAGACAAGGGGAAGGUUUUCGUUAGAUUCAAUGAGGAAAAUAUAACCUUUCCUCCAACUUAUCGCUACGAAAGAGGCCAUCGCAAGGAAUACACCUGGCAGAAGUUUAAGAAGACUGGGAUCCGUAUCAACGUUCCUUCCUGGUGUGACCGUGUCCUGUGGCGGUCAUUUCCUGACACCUACAUCACCAGUUUAUCCUACGGAUGUACAGAAGACAUUGUGACCAGUGACCACUCCCCUGUGUUUGCAUCAUUUGAUGUCGGGAUCACCACUCAGUAUGUUUCUAAAAAAGAUCUGGGGGGCACUGGUGGGGCAGACAACAAGAAAGUGGAGAUUGUGUUCAAGCAUAUGGAUGCCAAGAUGAAAACAAGCAGCAAAACCAGCUUCUAUUUGGAGAUCCAUUCUACUUGUCUGGAGGGACCAUCUCAAAGCACACCAGUAGAAGGGGUGAAGGAUGGCGGGAACAUCAAAGCAUCAUGGAGCAACAACCACCUGCCAUUGUUGUCACCACUCAUCUCUGACUGGGAGUACCUGGAGGAGCAACAUCUGCUGCUGUCAGUCAAGUCAGCGGACAGUGACGAGUCAUACGGUGAAUGCGUGCUGUCCCUGAAGAACAUGAUCGCCUCCAUGCCUCAGCAGUUUGACAGUUUUAUCACACAUCUGGGCCAGGGCACAGGGACGCUCAGUGGUUGGAUGCAUGUAAAAGGAGACCAGAGGAUACGAUCACAGAGAGAGAUGUCCCGCAGCUAUGAGCUGAUCUCCUUCGGAGAGAUGGUAGAGGACACCUCAGACCACGUCCAGCCGGCGUCCGGCCGCCGCCUCCUCCAGCCCACCCUCAGCAACCCUCUGGAUGGAGCCGCCCACAAACCGGUCACCGCCACUUCAUCCCUGACCGCCACCAACGAGAUGUACUUCCUCACCAGUGGGGUGGACGACAAACAACCGGACGGAGCAUCGCUAACCGACGCUCAACGGAAGAAACCCAAACCAACCCCUCGUAGGAGAGGGAGCUCCUUAGAACGGGAGGUCGGUACGGGAGACUCGUCUGGUCACAAGGUGGACGACGCAAUUGUCCUGAAGAAGCAGAGGUCGCACUCGAGUGACCGAAGCGCUGACCCUGUGGACGUUCGGCCGCCUAAGCCUCCGCCCAGGCUGUCCUCCUCCCGGUCGUCAUCAGAGCGAAGACCACGAGACAGGAAGUUUGUGGCGGAACCGAAGAACCAGAAACCUGCUGCAGCACCUCCACCUGUGGCACCAUACAAGGCACCGCCUGUGGUGAGAGUCACGAUGGAAGGUGGUGACGAGGCUGAAUCAGACAUCCCACCUCCACUACCAGUGAAGAGUCGAGGCAACAGAACAUCUACUGCUUCCCUUUCGGAUAUACCGCUUUCACCGCAGUCCCGGUCCACACAACAUCACGAGCAGCAGCUUGCUGAUUGGCUGAGCCAGCUCGGACUGAUCGUGUACCACGACAAACUGGUUCGAGCCGGAUGGGACCGGCUGGAGUUUCUAGACGACAUCGCGGAGCAAGACCUGAUCGACGUCGGCAUGACGAUGAAGGAACAGCGCGAACACUUCUUGAGUCAGGUCGAGAAAAGAAAGGAGACGUCUAUUUAGUGCCAACACACAUGUAGUACACACAACAUUCAUGAACUGACUCAUUAGAAUGUAGUAGUCUUAGAUUUUAGAAAGAAAAAGUAAAACUGAUUGUAAAUCAAUUAUACACAUAAUUUUUUAUUAUCAUUUUUUUUACAAUAAUUGAAGAUGCUGUCUUCAUAUGUUUAAGCAAUAAAGAUAAAUAUUGCAGGUUAUUGACCUGCAUGUACAUGUAUGCUAGAAUUUGUGUAACACUGGUGAAAGGUGAGAUGUUUAUGAAGAGAACUUAUUGAUCAUGAAAUUAAAUGUAAAGGAUAGACAAAGUAUCUAAGGGAGAAGGGACCAUGGUUGGUGUGGUAAUUUUUUAGAUUCAGUCAUUCCACUUGUUGGCUGUUGGGUGCUUUGUGCAAUUUUUUGGGGGGAUGAGAGCAGUACUUUUUCCCUUUAGUAGUCACUUAAAUGUGUGUAUCAUGUGUUAAAUGGGGUAGUGAGCUUUUGCAACUACUCCCCCUGGGGCCUGUUACAGGUACUGCAGGGAACAAACACUGCACAUGGCAGUGGUCAUGAAGGUUUGUAAUCCUCAUGUCUAACCAGCAAGCUUUAAACAGAAAGCUCAUUGGUUUUGCUGUGUAUCAUUGGAGAUCCGAUACCUGAAAGAGGUGAAUAUGGUGUUAAAUUUGUACAGCGGUGCCUUUCCUAAUGUGAUAAAAGAUAUACUGUAUUGAUAUAUGCAUGGAGGUUCAAUCUGAUCAACGAGGUUGAAAAGUGGUCUGAUACUCUGAAUCAAUAUGCUGGAUAUAUGUGAAGACAAAUUUUAUAACGUCUGUAUUUUAGACAUUACAAUGGCAUUUCUUGUGUUCUUUCUAAAUGAUGCCUUAUAAAGGUGGACAAUCAUGCCUAUGUGCCUCCUGCUAUAAUCAUGAUACAUAUGAAUGACGACUUCAGGGUACCGGUAAUAAUGAACCAACCAGUAGUACUACUUGUACGUACACGUACCUAGUAUUUGUUUAUACUGCUGCAGGGGUACCUGACACAGUAGCCUGGUAUCCAGUCUUAUCAUGGUAGGGGCGGGUUUUCCUCGGGGCUGCAGGAGCUCUUCCCCGCCCCCUUCAACUAGGUUUCCCGCUAGUUAUUUCACGAUGGGAGAUUGAUUAGCCCUACGGUGGGGCAAAUCAACUCCCGGGCGUGCCAUCUCUAUUA